AUGUCGCCUCCUCCACCUCAGCAACUCUCUGUCGCGACCCUAUUGAGCCUUGUCCAGCCCAGUGGAAUCUAUGCUCUUACAUACGCGUUUAUCUAUGGCACGAGCGUCUGGCUCUCCUUCUUUGGAGGCGUAAUCGCCUACAAAACACUGCCCAGAGCCCAGUUUAGUGCUCUGCAGCAUAAAACCUUCCCCAUCUACUUUGGGUUGAGCAUUGGCGCCGGAAGUGCUUUGCUGGGUGCCUGGACCUGGGCGAAUCCGCUUGUGUUGACACACUACACGAACCCGCUUGUGCCUGAGGUCGCCCAGGCGUAUACUUUGGCCUUUGUGAUCCUCAUGCAGUCGGCCAAUUACUUCGUCAUCGGCCCCUUGACGAGCAAGACGAUGUUCCAGCGCAUGAAGUUGGAGAAGGAGGAAGCCAAGACGGAUGGGAGUGUAAGUGCAGAGAUGAAGAAAUUGAACAGUAGGUUCGGUAUGCUCCAUGGACUGAGCUCCCUGGCCAAUCUUGGUGCAGUCCUUGCGUUGGGAUUCCAUGGCCUGUGGAUUGGAAACUUGGCGAGCGUAAAACGCGUCUAA